AUGGCUUCUUCAGAAGACAAUCUAGACUCUGGAAUGGAUUAUCAAGAAAACAUAUCAGUAUCAAAUACCGUAUCAUCGAAUGAUGAUUAUGAGAAAUCAUCCCAGUUUGUAAGCUCAGCUGCUUGCUCUAGAGCUCUAGAGCCAAACAUUGAUUUAAAAACUUGCGAAUUUGAUGUUCUUCUUAAUUAUUUAAGUAAUGAGAUGAUAUUUAAAAACAUUCGUGCAAUUUAUAAUUUUUUAAAAGGGAACAAUGACGAAAUCGAAUUUCGUUACGCAAAUAUGUAUAUGGAAGAAAUUUUAGUACGUAUUGUUCGAAAUGUAGGACUUCUGCGGUCAGAAAGGUUUACACAAGCCUGCGCAUUAUAUUGCAAGCUAAUAAUAGAUUUAAUUGAAGACGCCUUAAGUAAAAGAAUCUACAUGGUAGCUUGUAUUUACAAAAAUGAAAAAGACCAUUUACGAGACCGAUUAAUAAACUAUAAGAUUUUAACUUACAAGAAACUAUACUACACAUCACCUUAUAAAACCCAAAUGCAAAUAUUUGAUGGACCAACUUCAAUAAUGUCAAUGUCCAGCAUUCCUCCAAUGUCCCGCUCAACAAGCGUGGACUCCUUGGACUCACAAAGGUCAAACUUCGAUAUCAAACCAUCAUUAAACCCUUUCAUAUUGCACUGUUUACGCCUUAUUCUUAAUUUCGUUAAAGAUCAAACCCAACUAAGUUUAAAUUUCUCUGGUUUGAACAAUAGUGAAACUGUCUAUUUUCAUUCUGUGUUUACUAGUGCUAUAGAUGAGAAAUUUGAUAAUGGUACUCUAUGUAAAAAUGUGUAUCGUGCGAUAUGGGAGGCCGUAAAAAUUUGUAGUUUGAAGUUUGAUUUUCGUAUAAGAAACUUAAGAUGUAGUUUGAAUACAAAGUCUUUACUAUUGGAAAAACGAAUAAAGUUGUCUGAUUGUACAGAUGACACAGGUGGAACGAGCCAUAGUCGGAUAUCGUCGCGAAAACAAAAAAAAAAUGAAAAAAACCGAGCAUUCGUAAAUCAAUUGCCCCAUGAUUUUAUUAACUGUUGCUUAAAGAAGAUGUUGAAAUUUUUAUCAGAUGAAUCAGAAGCUAGUCUGAUAAUCUCUGUUUGUAAACCAGCAGAGAAGAAAUUCGUCAAAAACAUUAUAAACUACAUCCGUUCUCCUGCGGUGAGGAGCGUUUUUAAUGAUGAACCUAGAAGUAUUAUGGAACAACUGAAUGAGUUGCUGGAUAAUCAAUCUAAUUAUAGGCUUAAGACCUCCGGCAAAAACAAAUUUGGACAAAAUGAUGUGAAGUUUAUGAAGAUACCGAAAUUUGAAGACCGUUUUCCACAACAAAAUAGAAGGCCUUGUGAUAUGGAAUGUAUAAAUAUGCCGCCACAUGAGGACUUGACUCCACGACAAAGCAUCAAAUCUUGUGAUGGGGAAGCCAAGAUCGUUCCGCUAGCUAAGGACUCGACUCCGCAGCAAAGCACGUCUUGUGAUGUGGAAUAUUUGGACAUUCCACCACCUGAUCAGUCUCCUCCACAACAGAGAAGCAGGACUUGGUACCCUCGUGGUGAAACGGUACCCAGGAACCAAGGUGCUAUGCGUAAGGCGUACCUCAAAACAGGGGCAGGAUUCCAACAGUCGGCCCAUGGUCACGGUCACCUAGGCUGGGAUCAACUCUAUGCGCCACCGGGGCUAGAUGCGAGCUUCCAACCCUCCGGAAUCAAUCAAAUGAUCAAUUCUGAAGCAGACCCUGUGUUAACUGAAAUGAUGAUAAAAUAUGGCAACCGUGGUGCCCCUAAAAACAAAAAACAGCUAAUAGAUUCAAUUGGACAUCAACCUAAACCCAAGCCAGUGAUGCCGAGGGGCAAAGAUUGCAGAAAUGACCAGCUCUUGGAAGCGAUGUCCGUUCCCGUCCAAAGUGAUAAAGCUCUAAAAAUGAUGUUUAGCAUGGGUUGGACUGGUGGCGCUUUAGGAGCGAGAGGCAGUGGCAUCACGGAACCCAUCAUGCCGAAUCUUAAUAGUGGCUACGGCGCAGGUUUGGGCCAUAAAAUACAUAUUAAAAAAAACAAAAAGCUGUCCAAAGGAUUCACUCCCGUUGCCACCCCAAGCGUAACUUCACGUAUCUUGGCAACCAUGUCCUCAUCUAACAGACCUGGAUACAUAUUCAGGGAAAUAUUCUUGACGCAUUUACUAGAUCUAUUGACGAGUACCGACGAUUCUACGAUAUUGAAGUUAUGCCCAAAUAUAAAUAAGAAGGAAAUUGCUUUUGUCAAUCACACAAUCAAGAACUUAGCGGGAAGGGCUAAAAUUAAACUAGACGACGAUGGUCAGAACAUAGUCGAUAACAUAGAAAUACAUUAUAGAAAAGAUCCAGAGAUGUUGGUGACCGCCUGCAUACACGACGAUAAAAAGCAUCUAGUCCUCACAAAAGUACACGGUUUAGGAAAUAUAUGCCACAGUGAAGAAGCCAGGAACCAAAGACUGGCCAUGGCUGAGGAGAUAACGAAAAAUAUGUCAGACUUCAUGAUACACUACGGUCCCAUGGUCUACACACAAAAAUCGUAUGACGAAAUAAAAUUCAAGGUUCUGUACUUAUUGGAAGUAUUGAAGCUAGUCAAAGAUAACACUCUUAAUCACCUCGUCGUGGAUAUGGUGAUGACGUUGAGGGAGAAGAAUCUGUUGCGUCAGGGUCUCAAUAGUAUCAAUAAGAAUAAAAAAAUUCGUGAUAAGACACCGGAUGCUGUAUUAUUCUUGAUGAUUAGAAAAUUCAUGGGCAGUUAUACGGUGGAUGUCAAGUUUACAAAGGAAUAUACACAAUUCACGCUAUAUAAGGAGUACCUAGUACCGAGCAUGGUUGCGGGAGCCCAUCUCACAUAUGAAUAUGCAGAAAUGCAAGGUCAGAUUAAUAAUGAUACAGAAUCUGACCAUGACUUAAAUGAAAAUGAUGACGAAAUAAAUGUAAAAGAAAAUGUAAAAAUUGAAAAUGAUGACAUGGAACCCGAUGAAAAUAAGACUGAAAGUGAUAAUAGAAAUAAUGAAUUGGAACAGAAGGCGGUUACAACUGAAGGUAAUGAAAUCGUUAAAACUCUCAUCAUUGAUGAAAAGAUGGAUGACCAUAAUGAAUAUAAAUUGACUAGUACAAGUAGUAUCAAUGAGUAUUCUACGGACGAAAUGAGUAUAUCAGAUCAAUCUGGUUUUACAACCAAUCUUGACUACAAUGAAAACGAGGAUACAGAUAUUUCUGAUGAUAAACUCGGUGAUGUUAAGUCAAAAGGUAGUGAUAAUCAUAUGAAAAUAGAAAGUGAUAAUUUAGAUUUAAGUGCAAUCUCUGAAACAACGUUAAACGUUGAUUUUGAGGAACAAUCAUACAGUGAGGAUAAGUCUGAUGUCAAAGUUGUUUAUUUGACAAAAAAUUGCGUAUUUUCGGAAGAUACGCCGAAAUUCUUACAGAGCGUGAUAUCUUACAAUAUUAUUAAAACGAAACAGUUACCUCUACUUGUGUGCCAUGGCGUUCACAGUGACGCAUUAAUCUAUAGUUGCCAUACCAAAAAAUCUUACGAGUGGCUCCUAAAUACAUGUAUUGCCAACCGCUUAACAAUAUUUACCAAAGAGGUUGACAAGAUGUCUUUGAGAAUAAAUAGUUAUUAUGAAAUUUAUGAUAAGCAUCUCUUUAAAUUGUUGGAAUUAUACAAUAAGGAAUUAUCGACCAAAGAAUGGAGUGUUUUGAAGAAAGAGAAAAUGUCUGAUUGUGUUGUUUUUGAUGUGAAGAUGGAUAAAAAGUCGGUUAAGUUUAUCUUAGAAUCGAUGUUGUCUUUAUAUGCUGGCAUCGAUAAGGUUACUUUUAGUAUUAUUUUGGAAUAA